AAGGCAAAGAAGCGAGCAGCAGAGGGAGCCAAUUCCAACGUCUUCUCCAUGUUUGAACAGACUCAAAUCCAGGAAUUCAAGGAGGCUUUCACCAUCAUGGACCAGAACAGAGACGGCUUCAUAGACAAAAAUGACCUGAGGGACACCUUCGCAGCUCUGGGUCGUCUGAACGUGAAGCAGGAGGAGCUUGAUGACAUGCUAAAAGAGGCUCCUGGACCCAUCAACUUUACUGUGUUUCUUACCAUGUUCGGAGAAAAGCUAAAGGGAGCUGAUCCAGAGGAGACCAUCCUUAAUGCCUUCAAAGUGUUUGAUCCAGAGGGAAAAGGCGUCCUGAGGAAGGAAUAUGUUACUGAGAUGCUGACCACACAAGCCGACAGGUUCACACAAGAAGAGAUGGAUCAGAUGUUUACUGCCUUCCCACCGGAUGUAUCAGGGAACCUCGACUACAAAAACUUGGUUCACAUCAUCACCCAUGGUGAAGAAAAGGACCAGGAGUAAAACUUUAGCUUCUACACCUCUUCUCAUAAUCACAAUCACCAUGAUUAUGGGUUCUUAUUAGCCUGG